UUGAGACAUAACUCCUCUAGGGGGAUUUAUAUGUAGAGCGAUGAAAAAAAAACUUUGCCAAUUCAUUCAACAUGUUAAAUUCUUAACUGGGAUAAAUUUAUAUUAAACUUUUCCUUUUCGCCAUAAUGUUAAUUCAAUAUUCACAGAAAUAAUAUAUUCUCCUUCGAGACUCUUCAUUUCCUAGUACAUCUGACAUCAUGCCUCACAAAGAAAAUCUAUUUACCUCUUCUAAAGAUAAAAGUAAAAAGAUCUCUAUGACCAUCGAUAAAACAUCUUGUAACGGCAAAAAUUUAUACGAAGCAGACCGCAAUGUCAAAAAAAAAUUAUAUCAUCAUCUAGGAAAAAAUAAAAAAAUGGAGACAGAUCUUAAGAAUCUUGACAGCAUUAACAAAACUUACGGUAAAAGAAAGAAAAAAGAUUCUUUUUCCACUCCUGCGCAUAUUCAAAAUGGCGGAGUUACCUAUCUUUACAAUAAUAAUCAUGAAACUAAACCGAACUCUAAUAACAUGACCGAUAACUUUAUUAAAAAUGACGGCACUCGCAGUUCUAAGAUACCCAGAGAAUCUCCCAAUAGAAAAACGCCGUUAACCGUAUCGGUCAAAUUUUUCGAGACUUUAAUAUGUUGUGUGAAGUUCAAAAAAAUAGUAGCCAGUCGACGAAAUUCUUCUUCCGAAAUAAAAAUUAGAAACGUUACAUGUAAAUUCAACAAUAAUGAACAUAUUAAAUCUACUGCAAAUGCUCAAUCACGCUCAGUUAUCGUGUCCGGCUAUUCAAAAAGGAACAGAUCUCUACCCAAUUCGAAUUCCGUAAAUCAAAAUGUAAGUUCUGAGCAUCCGGUGGAUGAUCGUAGUAGAUAUACAAUCUCUAACUACAAUAAUGAUCAAACUAAUCCUCCUCGUACGAUUCACAUAUCUUCAUCUAUCCCGGCAAACCAAUCAUAUCUCAUCAACUACGCCCCCGAAAUUAGCCUCGAUUUGAAGAAAAACGAUCUUAUAUAUUCCGUUUCUGAAACUAAUCAAAACAACCACCUCACGCUUAACUCAAACUACAAUGGGAAUGUUUAUUAUUACGACGAUUAUAAGGAAGGGCUCCAGGAUAACCUAUUACCAAGCGCGAACACCAUGGAUAUCAAUAAAUUAUGCAUGGUUAUCGAUUUGGACGAAACGCUAGUUCAUAGUUCCUUUAAACCGGUUGAGAAUGCGGAUUACGUGAUUCCAGUCAAUAUAGACAAUACAAUUCAUCAGGUAUAUGUUUUAAAAAGGCCACACGUGGACACAUUCCUCCUGAAAAUAUCUCGGUUAUUCGAAUGCGUAUUGUUCACGGCUAGUUUAGCCAAAUACGCUGAUCCGGUCGCUGAUUUGCUAGACGCGGAGGGAGAAUUUUUUAGAGCCCGUUUAUUCAGAGAUGCCUGCGUUUUUCAUCAAGGAAAUUAUGUCAAAGAUUUGAACAGGCUUGGACGAAACACAGAUAAAGUUAUUAUCAUUGACAAUUCUCCCGCUUCAUAUAUAUUUCAACCCCAAAACGCCAUUCCCAUAACAUCUUGGUUUGGUGACGAAAACGAUCGCGAAUUAUUGGAACUUAUUCCUUUGCUCGAAAGAAUCGUCAAAGAAAAAGAAGCUCUGAAAGUUAUAAGUGAACACAAAAAACAAUUACUUUGUUGAGUAUUUAUAAAAAGAUUUUUUUAAAAUGAAGCCAUUUAAUAAGAGAUUAUAUCAAUUUACUAUUAUAUCCUAUAUUUAUUUAUCUAUUACCUCAUAGUUAUUUAUUUCCUUAUAAAAAAAGUAUUUAGUAUUUAAAAAAUUAUUUAUUUGUGCCUUAGAGAAAAAAGUGUAAUUUUGUAAUUAAAAAAUUUUUUUAAACAAAAAUCAUAUAUGCAAUAAUUUACAUCAAUUAUUAUCAAAACGUUAAUAUUUAAUAAUGAGAUUAAUAUACCUGUUAAUUGUAUUCCUUUUUACUAGUUUUUUAAAAAUAUCUAGAUAAAAAUCCCCUAUGCUAUACUUGUAUUUAAUUUUUAACACGCUUGCUUUAAAGUAUAUAUGAUUAAAUUUGAACUAUGCAAUUUUUAUAUGUUUUUAAAAGAGUCAUUUAUUUAUAUCAAAUUCAAACACAAAGUUUUAUUAUAAAUUAUUUAUUUUUUGAAAAGAAAUAUUCCUCGAUAUAUGCAAAAUAUUAUCAUUUCAAUAUAUAUAAAAAAUC